UCUUGCUAGCAGCAUGGGGAAUGAUUAUAUGCUUCUGGAAUGCCAUGGGCGGGCAACAAGCAAGAGAAAGGCUUCUUUGUCUGUAAAUUAUUAGUUGUGAUUCAGAGAACGAAGUAAUACGAGCUGAACACGAAGAAGUGGGUAUUAGAAGGAGUUUCUCCCCCCUGACGAGUGGCUCACAGAGAAGCCUCUCUUUGUUUGGAACAAAUGCGAUAGACGAAAAGGAGAAGGAAGAAGUAUCAUGUCGUAUUCGGGAUUUGGGAAGGAAUCAGGGCCCUCUGUGCCACCCAAAUCACAACCAGCCUUUGGUCAUACUAACACUUUCCUCCGUCCGCCGUCUUCUUCUCUCGCAACUCCAGCUUCUCCAUAUGCCACUUCGCCGUCACCUCCUAGACACAGUGCUGGGAAGAAACUAUUUUAUAGAGAUUUGGAUGCCCCUGCUCCUGAAAAUCUGGCAGCAAUUACAACACUUGCUGCCUCGCGGGAUUCCACCACUGGCAUUACAGCCAGAGUUUCUAGAUCUCAAAACCCAGAAAAAACCAGAUCUCCUCCCUUACCAUAUGCAGGCAAUGAUGCAUCCAAGUACCCCGGUCAAGCUGUUCUGAGAAACAGCACCUCAAAUUUGCUUACUGAUGGCCAUAGUCAGUCACUGCAUCUGAAAUCACAAUCAACUCCUUUGGUACCUGUAGGCUAUCAACCUGUUCGGAGUUUUCGGCCUUCUGUUGCUCUUCAACAGCCAGCUGUAGCUUCCAGUACAUUGGGUAACCUGGCCAGUCUAUCAGGCAGUUAUACCAGCUCACCGGAACAUCAGGCCUUCAUCUCCUCCUAAUUUGGGAAAUACGUCUAGCAUUAUAAGGAGUGGCCCUCACGCACAAGUCUAUAAAA